AUGAACGAAGGUCGAGAACGACAUAAAGAGAAGAUGAGGAUGAAGAUGCUGUGGCCGUUCGCGGUGAUUUUCUCCUCAGUGAUUUGUGUUCAGGCUCAGCAGAGAGGUCUGUUUCCUGCUAUCCUGAACCUCGCCAGCAAUGCUGAAAUCACCACCAACGCCACCUGUGGCGAGCCCCUUCCUGAGAUGUACUGUAAACUGGUGGAACACGUUCCUGGAAGACGAAUCCGUAACCCUCAGUGUCGGAUCUGUGACGCAAACAGCCAGAAUCCCAAAGAGCAACAUCCCAUUACUAACGCCAUCGACGGCACGAACCUGUGGUGGCAGAGCCCGAGCAUCAAAAACGGCCGUCAGUUCCACUGGGUCACCAUCACUCUGGACCUGAGACAGGUCUUCCAGGUCGCUUACAUCAUCAUCAAAGCGGCGAACUCCCCGCGACCCGGAAACUGGAUUCUGGAGCGCUCUCUGGACGGAGUGGACUUCCAGCCGUGGCAGUACUACGCCAUCAGCGACACCGAGUGUCUGACCCGCUACAACAUCACGCCCCGCCUCGGCCCGCCCACCUACAAGAGAGACGAUGAGGUCAUCUGUACGUCCUACUACUCUCGACUGGUGCCGCUGGAGCACGGCGAGAUCCACACGUCUCUCAUAAACGGCCGUCCCAGCGCUGAUGAUCUGACUCCAGAGCUGCUGGAGUUCACCUCGGCUCGAUUCAUCCGGCUGCGCCUGCAGAGAAUCCGCACACUCAACGCUGACCUCAUGACCCUCAGCUACCGCGACCCCAAAGAUGUGGAUCCCAUCGUCACCCGCCGGUAUUAUUACUCCAUCAAGGACAUCUCGGUGGGCGGGAUGUGCAUCUGUUAUGGCCACGCCCAGAGCUGCCCAUGGGACCCUGUUACCAAGAAGCUGCAGUGUGUGUGUGAGCACAACACUUGUGGUGAGAGCUGUAAUGAGUGUUGCCCUGGAUACCAUCAGGAGCCGUGGCAACCAGGAACGCUUUCUGACGGAAACACAUGCGAGAAGUGUAACUGUCACAACAAGGCCGACGACUGUUACUACAACCAGACGGUGGCGGAUCUCAGGCUGAGCUUGAACACGCAGGGUCGGUUUGUGGGCGGAGGCGUGUGUGUGAACUGCUCCCAGAACACCGCAGGAGUGAACUGCCAAACCUGUGCGGAUGGGUACUACAGACCACACCAGGUAUCUCCGUACGCCGAUAACCCGUGUGUCGAGUGUCAGUGUGAUGCAAGAGGUUCAGUGAGUCCCGUGUGCGUCAGAGACGAUGAUCACGUGAACGCCGAGACAGGUCUGUCUGCAGGUCAGUGUUUGUGUAAGGAGGGCUUUGCAGGUGAGAAGUGUGACCGCUGUGCAUUUGGCUUCAGAGAUUUCCCACAAUGCACUCGCUGCGAGUGUAACCUGGACGGAAGCCACAACAGCGACCCCUGCAGGGAGUGUGUGUGCAAGGAUAACGUGAUGGGCUCGAACUGUGACCUGUGUAAGCAGGGUUUCUAUAACCUGCAGGCCAGUAAUCCCGAGGGCUGCACCGAGUGUUUCUGUUUCGGAGUGUCAGAUGUGUGCGAGAGCUCCACCUGGUUCACCAGCUCGGUGGUUCAGAGAGACGCGGUUCUCCUGCGAUCUCUCCAGAGCUCCACCGUCUUCACGUCUCCCAUCUCAGACGACAACCUCAUCGUGUCCAACGGCUCAGCGUCCGCAGGCGUGUGGUCAUGGGCCGCGCCGGAGCCUUUCCUCAACAACAAGUUGACGUCGUACGGAGGUUUCUUGAACUACAGCGUUGCGUACGACAUAUCUGAGGAGAACGUGGACAAAACGCUGAGCUCACAUUUCAGUGUAAUUAUUGAGGGAAACGGCCGGACGCUGAGGCAGACGCCGUCCUCUCAUCUGCUGCUGAACGCUCACACGGAGCAGCGCGUCUCGCUGCAGAUCCUGCCGCACGCGUUCAUGGACGCUCACACCGGGAGGAGCGUUCAGAGAGACGAGCUGAUGACGGUGCUGGCGGACGUCGCUGCGCUCAGGGUUCGAGCUCAGCUGGAGGGCAGCGCUGAGGGAACGCUCCGGUUGAGUCACGUGUCUUUAGGUGUUGGAGACACAAACUCCGAUCUCUCUAAAAUCCCUCUGGAUGUGGAGCAGUGCGAGUGUCCGUGGGGAUAUUCAGGCACUUCCUGUGAGUACUGUAUUCCCGGCUUCUAUCGGGUCGGUGGGAUUUUGUUCGGAGGAAACUGUCUCCAGUGCGAGUGCAACGAUCACGCGAGCGAGUGUGACAUCAACGGAGAGUGUGUGGGCUGCUCGCACAACACCACGGGGCCUCACUGCGAUCGCUGCAUGCCGGGUUUCUAUGGCGACGCCAGCGAGGGCACGCCGGGCGACUGCCAGAGAUGCGCUUGCCCGCUGACACUGGCGUCUAACAAUUUCAGCCCCACGUGCGUUCUGCAGAGUCCCGGUGAUGUCGUCUGUGACCAGUGCCAGCUGGGAUACGCAGGAACCAAGUGUGAGAGGUGCGCUAACGGUUACUAUGGCGACCCGCUGGUCCCGGGGCAGCGGUGUUCAGCGUGUGAGUGUAACGGUAACGUGGACCCGUCUGAAGCCGGUCACUGCGACGGCCUCACCGGAGAGUGUCUGAAGUGUCUGGGUCACACGUCGGGUCGGCACUGCGAGCGCUGCGAGGACGGGUUCUACGGAGACGCCGUGACCCGGAAAAACUGCCAGGCCUGUGGUUGCCAUGGUAACGGGUCUCUGUCCACCGUGUGUAACGUGAUCACGGGUCAGUGUGAGUGUAAAUCCAACGUGGUCGGACAAACAUGUGACCGCUGUCAGGCUGGUUAUCACGGCAUUAACAGCGGCGAUGGCUGUAGACUGUGUGAAUGCAACCAAUCAGGCUCUCUGUCUGCGUCAUGUGACGAGGAGGGGCGGUGCCAAUGCAUCACCGGAGUGACAGGUGAUAAAUGUGAUCGCUGUCAGCGCGGAUAUUACAGCUUCAGAGAGAACGGAUGCACACCAUGUGACUGCGCACACACACACGGGAACUGCAACGCAGAGACGGGCGAGUGUAUCUGCCCUCCACACACACACGGGCCGAAGUGUGAGGAGUGUGAGGAAGGUCACUGGGGUCACGACGGCGUGUCCGGCUGUAAGGCGUGUGACUGCAGUGCCGUCGGCUCGAGCUCGUCUCAGUGUGACCUGCUGUCGGCUCAGUGUCCCUGCAGACCACAGUUCUCCGGCCUCAAGUGUGAGCGCUGCGCUUUGGGCUACAAAAACUUCCCAGAAUGCACCGCAUGCAACUGUAACCCCGACGGCACGCGCGAGGAGUUCUGUGACGGGACGCUGGGAGUGUGUGGAUGUGAGGAUCAUGGGCAGUGUUCCUGCAAGGAGAAUGUUGGCGGCAGCGGCUGUGACGAGUGUAAGAGCGGGACGUUUGGUCUGACGGCUCAGAAUCCGUCCGGCUGCAGUCCGUGCUUCUGUUUCGGUGUUUCCAGCGUGUGUGAGGAGCUGAGCGGCCUGAUCCGAGUGCCGAUCACUCUGGGUUCUGCUCCGGCUCUGCUGCGUGUCGUGUCUCAGAGUGACCUGCAGGGGACGCUGGAGGGCGUUUAUUACACCGAUCAAGAGAUGCUGUUGGACGCGGCUCACCUGCACAGUCUGUCUGUCCUCACCGCACCGUAUUACUGGAGACUUCCUCAGAAAUACCACGGUAACAAGCUGCUGUCGUACGGAGGAAGACUCUCCUACACGCUCGCGUUCUUCGCUCUCGAUGGCGUCGGACUGGUCAAUCACGAGCCGCAGGUUCUGAUGAGGGGCGGACACCUCCGCAAGCUGGUCAUCUACACCGACGCUCCCGCACCUGAAAACGGAGUGCGCACGGCACAGGAAGUUCCUCUGACCGAGCACGAGUGGAAGUAUUUCAACUCCGUGUCUGAUGAGGCCGUGAGUCACGCCGACUUCAUGUCUGUGCUGAGUAACGUGGAGUACAUCAUCAUCAAAGCCUCGUACGGCUCCGGACUGCAGCAGAGCCGGAUCUCUAAUAUCUCCAUGGAAACGGCGCUGGAGGCGGACGAGGUUCCUGCGGGUGGAAAAGUGGCGCGGCUAGUGGAGAUGUGCGAGUGUCCGCUGGGAUACGCUGGACUCUCAUGUCAGGAGUGUGCUCCGGGUUAUUACCGCCAGGCCGUGUCUGAGCUCAACAUGAAGGGCAGAAACCGGCCGCUCAUUCAGCCCUGCGUCCCGUGCCGGUGCAACAACCACAGUCUGUCAUGUGACCUGGAGACGGGCGAGUGUCUGGGAUGCCAGCACAACACCGCAGGAGAGCACUGCCACGUGUGCGCCGCAGGGCAUUAUGGGAAGGUGCAGGGCUCCAUCAGUGACUGCUCGCUGUGUGCCUGUCCGCUGCGGGGUCAGAGUUUCAGCGCGACGUGUGUGCUAGAGGGCGCUGGAGAUUUCCGCUGCGACCACUGUGAGGAGGGAUACGAGGGCCGUUACUGUGAGAGGUGUUCGGUCGGUUACUAUGGUAACCCGUCUGAGCCGGGUGGGCGGUGCCAGGCGUGCCAGUGCAGCGGGGCGGGGUCAGUGCACAGCAUCUGUGACGGACGCACGGGGCGGUGCGAGUGCAAGGUUGGGGUCAGAGGUCACCUGUGUGACCAGUGUGAGGAGAGACACGUGCUGGUCAGCGAGCAGUGUGUGUCGUGUGAUGACGGCUGCACCGGAGUGCUGUUGGACGAUCUGGAUGCUUUGGACGGGUCCGUCGCGUCUCUGAACCUGUCGGCUGUCGUUAUCGCCCCCUACAGCCAACUGAUGACCCUUGAGAACCAGACCCGAGAGGUCAAGAGUUUGAUGUCGUGGGAGCAGAGCCCAGAUCAUCAGCUGACCGCAGGAGAACGACGCUUGCGCAACCUGAACAAUCACAUCACUGACCUGCAGCAUCAGGUGCAGAGUGUGUUUGAAGGCAGUGAGGAUGUGCUGCUGACCUCUGAGGAGAGAUUCACACAGGGCAAACAGCUGCUGGACCUCAUCACUAACAUUCAUUCUGCCAUCCACGGCCUGAUGGAGAAGGUGCGUUCUGUGAAUGUGACGAUGGACGACGCUCUGGAUGAAGUGAACGGCACGUACCUGCUGGAGGAGACGAACACGGUGCUAAAGAAGAUCAGGACCUUCAAUCUGACGCACUGCAGCACGACUGCGCAGAACGAGCUCAGUUCUGCAGUGUCUGUGCUGCUGAAGGUUCAGGAUGAGAUGUCACAGCCGCUUGGUCACAACCAGUUCAGACUGGAGAACAUCUCCACAACAGUCAGCAGAUACAAGCAGCAGCUCCUGCAGGUCCAGGAGGCCCUGAACACGGCCGAGAGCCACAACAACCACAGCAAACGUCUGCUCGAGGACAUCCAGAUCAACCUACGGCAGCUCGCAAUCUCCAGAAACAAUGUCAGCAGUUUGAACCAGGAAGUAGAAACACAAGUACAGGAAGCUCAAGACCUGCUGACUGAUGCCCUCAAUAUAGCUGUAGACAUGGACAACGGGACAGCUACUCUGGAUGAGAAGAACGAUCUGGAAGGGUGGAGUCCAAAUCUCAGGACGCAUGUGGACGAUUUAGUGAUGGAUUUGACCAAAAGAGACGCCCUACAGAUGGUGUACAGGGCCGAGGAUCACGCGCAAGCCCUCAGCAAACAGGCACAAGCCCUUAACAGUUCUCUAUCCGAGGUCAGAUCUGCAUCAGUAAAUGCAACCAGCGCCACUCAGACCAACAGCAACAUCACAGGAAACAUACAGCUGGCGGAAGAUCUGGCUCACGCCGCCAAUCAGAAUGCAAGCUCCGCCCUCAAUCUGACGUCAGAUUCAGAGGACUCGCUGACUGAGCAGGGGACGAGAACGCUUCAGACGAGCGCAGAGAUUCUGGACGCCAGCGGAACCCUGAAGAACCUCAAUGAAGGGCUGGUGUUUAACGUCAGUGAAGUUACCAGCAGAUUGAGUCUAGUUAGAGCGAAUGUUCAGAACUUCACUCAGCUGCUCCCAGAAGCCCUCAGCAUCCUGAGAAACCUUCCCAACGGCAGCAGAGAUGCGAUUCUCGAGGCGAAGCAGCAGGCGGAAGCGGCGAAUGCGUCUUUACAGAAAGCGCUGGAACGUUUGCAGGAUUAUCGUAUGAAGCUGGACGAGUCUUUGUCUGUCGUCGGCGCGGUUAACACCAGCAGCCGGAGCGCCAACCAGCUGGUCAGAGACUCCGAGGAGACCGCCAACGCAGCCAAAUCCACUCUGAACGAGGCUCAUCUGAAGGCCGAGCGGCUGUUCGACCGCCUGAAGCCUCUGCAGAUGCUGGGAGAGAACCUGAGCAGAAACCUGUCCGAAAUCAGAGAGCUGAUCAAUCAGGCCCGCAAACAGGCAGCUUCGAUUAAAGUGGCCGUUUCGGCCGACCGGGAUUGUGUCCGAGCGUACAGACCGGAGGUGACGUCCAGUAACUUCAACACCCUCACGCUGACCAUGAAGACCACUGAACCCGACAACCUGCUCUUCUACUUGGGCAGCAGCGCCAGCGAGGAUUUUAUGGCUUUGGAAAUGCGUCAUGGGAAGGUGUCUUUCCUAUGGGAUACUGGCUCUGGACACACCAAACUGGAGUAUCCCAACGUUCAGAUCAACAACGACAAGUGGCACAGGAUCAAUGCGACGCGGUUUGGGAGACACGGCACCCUGACCGUUCAGCAGACGGACUCUGAGCCGCUGCCCGCCGUGAAGACCACAGCGUCCGGCUCCUCCACCGUCAUGGACGUCAACAGAUCCACCUGGGUGUUUGUCGGAGGACUCGGCGGUCAGGUGAAGAAAUCCCCAGCGGUGAAAAUGACUCAUUUCAAGGGCUGCAUGGGCGAAGCUUCGCUCAACGAGAACAACAUCGGAUUAUGGAACUACGCGGAGCGGCAGGGCGAGUGUGGCGGCUGCUUCAUGAGUCUGCGCACAGAAGACACCUCGUUCCACUUCGACGGCAGCGGGUUCUCUGUGGUGGAGAAGUCUCUUCGCUCCAUGUCCACCAGCGUCAUCAUGUUCUUCAAAACUCUGUCUCCGAACGGCCUGCUGCUGUAUCUGGCCUCCAACGGCACGAGAGACUUCCUGUCCAUCGAGCUGGUGGAAGGGAAGGUUCACCUGACCUUCGAACUGGGCUCCGGCGUGCUCACCCUGACCUCUAGCAAGAACUACAACACGGGCACCUGGUACAGAAUCGCCCUGCAGAGGAACAAGCGCAAAGGCCAUUUAUCAGUGAUGGCCGCUGAUAACCCGUCCGAGAGAGAGGUCAUGGAGGCGGAGUCACCGGGUUCAGCCUCUGACCUCAAUCGCUCCGACCUCGACCCCAUUUACAUCGGUGGAUUGCCAGCCUCUCGACCAAUCAGGAGGCAGGUUGUCGCUCGCUCUUUUGUCGGCUGUAUGAAGAACGUUGAAAUCGCUCGCACAAACUUCGACCUGCUCAGAGAGGCGUAUGGAGUGAAGAAAGGCUGCGUCCUCAAGCCCAUCCGCAGCGUGUCCGUGUUCGGCAGCGGUUUUCUGGAGAUGCCCGCCGUCCUCUUGGGUUCCCACACGGAGAUCAUGACCACCUUCUCCAGCAGACGGGACGGCGGCGUCAUCCUGGCGGGAUUCAGCGGGGCCGCGGGCCGCUCGCGCCGACAGACGUCACAGUCGUUCCUGCUCGUGAUGCUCGUGUCCGGAGCGGUGGAGGUCCGUGUGGCCGUGGCAGAGGGCGGGGCCGUGCACAAAGCCGUCGUCAAAUCACAAAACGGCUCCUUCAGUGACGGACAGGAGCAUUCGCUCGUCCUGCAGAGGAACAAACGGUCCAUCUCAGUGUUUGUGGACGAGCAGAACCAGGCGGCGGUGAAGCUGGGCUCGUCUGCUGAUAGAGCUCUGGCGCUGGGCCGGCUCUUCAUCGGCGGCGUUCCUCCAGGAGAGGGCGCUGCUGUGCCGGGAUCUGCCGGCUCCUUCUACGGCUGCAUCAGGAACACUGCAGUGGACGGCAUGUUGUUGGAUCUGUCCGGCGCGCUGCACUACGAGGACGUGGACAUGGACAGCUGUUUACUGGAGGAGAGACCCAAACGUGUGCUUCUACCCGACGACGUGGAGGUGGAGCCGACCUCUGACCCCUCCGCACGACCCCUGUCGCCCGCGGCGGAGCUGAGCGCGCUCACACCGGGCAGCACCAGCUGUGCGGCCACGGACCAAACAGACAGCAUCCCAGAAUCCCACCAGUUCGGACUGUCCCGACACAGUCACAUGAUCAUGGGCUUCAAGAAUAAGACUGUCAGAACCAGUUUCGCGGUGAAGCUGUCCGUGCGGACGUUCGCUCACAGCGGCCUUCUGUUCUACAUGGCCAACGCCAACCAGCAGGAUUACGCAGUUCUGCAGCUGCAGGCCGGCCGUCUGCUGCUGUCAUGUGACCUGGGCAGAGGACCCGCCAGCGCCACGCUGCCCGCCGCCAUCAGUGACGGCCUCUGGCACACCGUGAAGGCCGAGUUCGGUAAGAAGUCUGUGAUGGUCAGUGUGGACGGGAGCGAGUCCGACCGCAUCGCCACUAAAGGACACACGCUAGACGUGGAGGGGAAGUUGUACCUCGGCGGACUUCCUGCCACAUAUACAGCCAAGAGAAUCGGAAACGUGACCCACAGUCUGGCGGCGUGUCUGCAGGACGUGACGCUCAACGGCGUCCCGAUGAACCUCAACAGUCCGCUGGGGGCUCAUGGGACGGGCUCCUGCUUCAGCAGCGCUCAGGAUGGCACCUUCUUCAACGGCAGUGGAUACGCAGCUUUCAUGAAGGAGGGUUAUAACGUGGGCUCGGACGUGACGGUGAGUCUGGACUUCCGCUCCACGGCGCCGGACGGAGUUCUGUUGGGAAUCAGCAGCACUAAGGUGGACGCCAUCGGCCUGGAGCUGCUCAACGGACAGGUGGUGUUUAACGUUAAUAACGGCGCGGGCCGGAUCACGGCGAGCAGCAGGAGCGGCGUGUCCAUGUGUGACGGCCGCUGGCGCACCCUGGUGGCCAAGAAGCAGAAGCACAGCUUGAGUCUGACCGUCGACGGCGUGACGGUGACCACGGAGAACCCGUACUCUUCAUCCACCUCCGCCGAGACCAAAAACCCCAUCUAUGUGGGCGGACAUCCAGCUGACGUGAAGCAGAACUGUCUCAGCACCAGAGAGCCGUUCCGCGGCUGCAUGCGGAACCUGCGGGUGUUCAAGGGUCACGUGACGGACGUUCUGGACUUCAGCGCCGCGUUCGCGCACCCGCACGUCUUUCCUCAUUCCUGCCCUGCGAGCGCCGCAUAAACCUUCUGCUUUACUCAAUCACUGCGUACCGAGAAUAAUUCUAGAGAUUUUAAUCACGAUUGUUUGUGAUCAACAUGCAGAUGUCAGUAACUCUUUACAGCAAGGUCUCAUUUGUUAACAUGACUUUAUUUUAAGGUUUUUUUAUGUUAGUUCACACUGAUGAUAUCAAAUACAUUUGAUUUUAAAAAUAUUGUUUUUCAUUGCUCAUGUUAACUGAAAUCUUAUUUGUAAAGUUUUACCAGAUGUUGUUUAGAUUUGAUACUUGUUAAUAAAAUUCAGCUCGUUUCUUA